CCCUGAUUCUGCACUUUCCGUCGGUUUUGCUUUUCCUUCAGCCCCAUUCCGCCCCUUUUUUGCCCCUGCGCCGGUGGUCCUGGCAUGUGCCCAAUGCCCGCUAGUGCCACCCCGCUUUAGCUUCAGGCGUCCCGAGCUCAACCACAUUAGUCCCUUGUUGCGACCUGCUUCGGCCUUUCUCACGCUUUCCUCUAGAGCAGUUUCAUCUAGCGUACCUUCAUCUGCCUAAGAGAGUGUCUGUUGAACGGGGUUAGCCAUGUCAUACAUCCCCCCCGGCUGGUCUGAAGAGCGACUCCGCACUGCGACAGUGGAUGACUUGCGCCAAGUACCAGAAGAAUGCUUGCACGAUAUUGAUGAUGAAAUACUUGAGAAUGUAGAAGCUCGCAAAGUCGUCUGCCAAGCGCAACACAAUGAACACUACCGAUUGGAACGCGAAAGAAGAGGCCUGCCUCCUGCUCCCCCAAAACCUCUCUUUGAGGAGCCAGUCGAUGCGGUCGUGCAGGUAGUAGAAAGGGCUGGGUUUGAUGACUUCGGGUUUAUCAUUUUUCGCGCAGAGUACUCGGAUGAAGAACGAUGGGACACAUGGCAAGAGCAGUUCCUCAAAAGACUGGAUGAUUCGCUGGCCCAGGCCAGUGGUGGUAAGAGGAUUGAAGAGAAACUUUUGACUCCCAUCUUUGACGAUAGUGAUUUACACGGUGCAACUCUCGAGCAAAUUCAAGAGGCGUUCGAAACCUAUAAUGAGAACGAAGGCGUCCCUCCGGGCCUUUAUGUCGGCUGGUGUGUGGUGGUGGACAAGGCUGCUAUGGAGUCUCUUCUAAAUCCGGUCGAAGGUGAAGAACCUUGGGUCAUUGCAAUGGAUCUAUCCUUCGAUCAUACCAGUGAGGUUCCGGAGGGAGAAUAUCCAGGGUAUAUUCGAGUCGCGGUGGACUCGGUCAUACCGGAGUUCUAUCCAUUUGUGACUAUCAUGACACCGCCAGAGCUUUGGGCGUCUGCUAAUCCCAUAUGGAAGUCUGCCUAUUGAUUAUCGAAGCUUUCUUUGACAGGGGACUAUGAUUAACAUUUGCUUGCUUGAUUGUGUCAACUAAAGGGAUCGAAUCCAAAGAAUACUCAUGCAUGUCCAGUCUAGACGGCUUCGCUGCGAAUGUAAUAUAGAGCCGUUCGUUCCAUUUUUAGUCCAGU